AUGACUUACGAAGAAAUAUUUCAGGCCAAUGACCCGGCAUUCACGGGCCUCCCCUUGGAAUUUCAGUCGGUGCAGACGAUGGCCAAGCUGGCAGGCGGUAGUCCAAGCAGCCGCAGUGAUUCAACCCUCUCCAUCACACGCGAGAUCAACCCGACCGUGCAAAGUCACAAUAAUGGGUCUGCUGACCUAAUCGAACUCUUCUACAAGCACCUAUACCCGCCCCACCCAUUUAUCGUCCCAUGGAAGUUAUACCUCCAGAACUCAUCCCUUAUACCAUUUCCUCUACGAGCGGUGCUGAGAUUCGCCGCUUGUCAUUACGUCCCUCAUGGCAAUCCCUCCGAGCUCGAAGCAGCUGCCAAGAAUAUAUUGUCUGAUGAUAUCCCAGACGAUGGGUUCAAAGUUCAGGGCUUAAUCCUGUUUGCUUUCGUGUCGCAUGCUCGAAUGGACCGAGACUCAGGGGAGUCCGCAUUGAUGAGAGCAGUUGAGAUCGCUCUUCGAAUAGGGAUGAACCGUGAGACUUUCGCGAUUCAGAAUGGUCAAAAUAACCCCAUUCUCGAGGAAUGCUGGCGACGAACAUGGUGGAUGCUUAUGCUUCUCGAAGGCCUGGUCACAGUGAUUGGAGGCCAAAGCUCACCAUACAUAACAUAUUCAACCUUCACAGACGUGUCUUUGCCCGGUCACGAUGAAGACUACAACGAACUCCGUGUUUGCUCAGAGUUACGCACUCUCACUGAUCUCCACAACCGCGUUAUUUCUGAAGAUACCUUUUCGUACUCGUCACUUGCCUAUGGCAUCGAGGCUGCCUACAUCCUAGGCGCAGUCUUGAGCUUGGGACCGGACACUUUUGCAGUCACAGACCCUCAAGUUGAAGCUCUAGAUGCCAGCAUUUCCAACUAUUUCCUGUCACUACCACUGGACAAACGAGAUCCAACCCACCCUGAUGGAUCAGUGGAUGAGCCCCUUCUCAUUGCACACCUUGCUAUCAACUGGGCGUCGAUUGUGCUUCAUCGGCCCCGAUCCACCUUGACAUUCAUACGAAAUCACUACCGAACAACUUGCACAAGGGCAGAAUCCGCAGGUCUCCCAGCUUUGGCAUAUUCCUGCCACACUGCCAAGGCGUUACGCGGAGCAAAUGCAAUCAUCAAUCUGGCUUCCAUUCCGAGACCGCUUACCUAUUGUACCCCAGCCCUGAUGUGUGGAAUCACGACUGCUGCCACUGUUCAUUUACCAGCAUAUGCAAUAGUUGAUACUCCAGACCAAACAAUUGCCAUCAAGGAGAGAUUACAGUUGGGGAUUUCGGCGUUGGCAUCCUUUGGGGAGAUAUGGCCUCGUGCAAGUAUCGCCAAAGGACAAGUGGCCCGGUUUGCACGAGAGAUACUCCUGAAGCCCAAUGUCUGUGUGGAUAGUACCGGACCAGAGCAGAUUCCUCGUAUCACGACAGAGACGAAUUUUGCGCAGAUUGAAUACGAUGCACCUUUCAACAAUGACAUCUGGAUGGAUAAUCUCAUACAGGCAGAAGAAGAGAAUGAUCCCGCUCUGUGUCCCGUUUUCGAUGCAGUCUACUCUCUGCCCAAUGCCCAAGGGGUAUGA